AUGAACGGAUACGGAUACGGACACGGUGGCAGCGCUGUUCCGCAGCCGGCAACGUCGGCGACGGCAGCGGCAUCGGCGGCGGCAUCACACCUUUUUGAUCCGAGCCUGCUCUCCGAGGCCGCCGAUGCCCAGCCGGGUGACGGGUAUACUGUGCGACCGCUGGCGCGGAGCGACUACGCCGCUGGGCACUGCGGCGUGCUGGCGGACCUGACCGAUGUCGGCGACAUGGACGCCGCGACGUGGGCCGAGGUCUUUGACGAGAUGGCAGCCGACGGCAAGUACUACGUGGUGGUGGUGGAGGAGGAUGCGACUGGCAUGGUCGUCGCCUCGGGCACCCUCGUUGUGGAGCGCAAGUUCAUCCACGGGGGCGCCCGCGCCGGCCACAUCGAGGACAUUGUCGUCGUCGAGGCCGCCCGCGGCCUCUCGCUCGGCCGUGUCAUCAUCGAGCAGCUCAAGGCACUUUCGGUCGUCGUAGGCUGUUACAAGACCAUCCUCGACUGCGCUGACAAGGUUGUCGGCUUUUACGGCAAGCUCGGCUUUGAAGUCAAGGGCAACUUUAUGGCCGCCUACCACGACCACUGA